UCUUAUCAACACUACACAGCCUGGAAAGCUCUCAUUGCAACUCUGUCCUUUGCCAUAGUCAUGAGGUUCAAAUUCCCUCUAAUGGCCAUAAGCCUGGAAGUUGUUAUGAUCAUUUUAUUUGGAUUAUUUGUUGACUAUGAGACACCACAGAAUGCUUCCCAGAACAAUGCUUCCCAGCAGAAUGCAUCCCAGCAGGGUAACACCUCAACUGCUGCAAAAAAGGAUCAAUUUUUUCAGCUAUAUCCCUUAUUCCAAGAUGUGCAUGUCAUGAUAUUUGUUGGGUUUGGCUUCCUCAUGACCUUCCUAAAGAAAUAUGGUUUCAGUGGUGUAGGUUUUAACCUCUUUCUUGCUGCUCUGGGCCUCCAAUGGGGAACGAUUGCCCAGGGCCUUCUUCACCAUCAUGGACAGAAAUUUCACUUUGGAAUCUACAACAUGAUAAAUGCAGACUUCAGUACAGCCACAGUUCUAAUUUCCUUUGGCGCUGUCCUGGGGAAAACGAGCCCUAUCCAAAUGUUGAUCAUGACAAUUCUGGAAAUUGCUGUGUUUGCCAGCAAUGAAUUUCUUGUUAUUGAAAUAAUUGGGGCCUCUGACACUGGGGCAUCAAUGACGAUCCAUGCCUUUGGAGCUUACUUUGGCUUAGCUGUAGCGGGCAUUUUAUAUCGGCCUGCCCUCAGGAGUGAACACCCAAAUGAAGAAUCUGUGUACCACUCCGACUUGUUUGCCAUGAUUGGAACACUUUUUCUAUGGAUAUUUUGGCCCAGCUUUAAUUCAGCCAUUGCUGACCCAGGAAAUAAUCAGUAUAGGGCCAUUGUCAACACAUACAUGUCCCUUGCUGCCUGUGUUAUCACAGCUUAUGCCUUGUCCAGCCUUGUUGAGCGCCGAGGCAGACUGGAUAUGGUACACAUUCAGAAUGCUACUCUAGCAGGAGGUGUUGCUGUGGGCACAUGUGCAGACAUGGAAAUCCCCCUAUAUGCUGCUAUGACCAUUGGAAGCAUUGCAGGGAUCAUCUCUGUGCUUGGAUACAAGUUCCUUAGUCCACUGUUAGCAAAUAAACUGAUGAUCCAUGAUACGUGUGGGGUUCACAACUUGCACGGCUUACCUGGAGUGCUUGGAGGCCUUGUCAGCAUUGUGGCCAUAAGCUGGGGGAAGUCUUCUAAGUCUAUGGCCAUGCAGGCAGCAGCUCUGGGAUCUUCCAUUGGCUCAGCAAUUGUUGGAGGUUUGCUUACAGGUCUAAUUCUGAAGUUACCUAUCUGGAACCAGCCACCUGAUGAGUGCUGCUAUGAUGAUUCUGUUUCUUGGAAGGUUCCCAAGUUCAGAGAACUUGAUAAUCACUUCUUUCAACAUGUGAAUCACAACCAUGUGGACCAUGAAGUGUAAAUACCACUCCUAAACUCAGAAUCCUUGGAAUUAUCAAGAAGAGUCAAGUUUAAAGGAACAAAAACUUGGUAUCCAGAGAGAUAGGCUGAAUAGAUACACUCCAGCCCCCAAAUGGCCCAUGUAAAAAUGCCUUUAGAUUUAUAUUAUUCCUUGAUGUUCAAAUGAUUUCCCAGUUGACAUGAAACUGCUCAGAAAGCAGUCUAGCCCAGACACUAAGAAUGACAUCACAAAUGGAUAGGUUCAUAUUGAAUGUUUGUAUUCUUGAUAUCUUGACAAAGAGAUGAAUCAUAGAAACCAGUACUUCUUGAUCAUAUCAGGCUUUAUCCAGUUUUUAGGUUAGUUUCCAUUGUGGCAUCUUUGUGCAUGUGUGUCAUUCUCCUACCCCUACUCACUGCACAUCCCUACCCACCGCAGUCCCUCAUGAUUCCUCGGUCCCUCCAGCUGAGUCCCUUUCUUCCCCCAGUUAGGUAUUUCUUGUUUGAUUACAUGAAUUCUCUCCAAAACCCUUUAGCUUCUUAAUGUACAUAUCAUGUCUUCAGUGCCAAAGAGUGAAGGACAUAUUAAAGAAUCUGUACUAGAAAAAUGAAAGAAAUCUAUGUAAAUAAAAAGCAAUAUUAAGCCGG